ACAUUCCGGAUUUUUAGGAGGCCCGACCCCCCCGUAGCUUUUUUGCUCAGUAGCAGCCGUUGCACGAAUAGCAGCUACCUCAUGUGAACAGGGCAUAACUGGCCGUAACCCUAGUAUUACCUUAAGGUGGCCAUUCUCUUUGCUUCAGGGGAAGUUCAUACAGGUUUGUUCAAGUUGAAGAAGCUGAUUUGUGAUCAACACCAAAUGUUUGGAGAGUUGCUUCUCAAGUCGCCCAAGCACGUCUGUUUUCGCCGGUGGAAUCUAAUUCGAAGGCCCCAGCCAGCACGAUGUUGAGGAGACCUGAAAUUUCUGUAUCUGGAAUAAGGAGACAUGUUGAAAAGGCCACCUGUGAUGAGCUUAACGGAAGAGGAAAUGCAGGAGUUUUCCCAGUUAGUUAUAUCGGGGGGGUGCACGUGGAUGUGCAAUUUGAGCCCAACUUUGGACAUGAUGCUGGCAGUCCUCGGGCGACGCUCCGCAGCAACAUUGGGAAGGCAGAUGUUUUGGCACAAGGCUCCAUGCGCAUAGAGGCCUCAGAACCGUCGAGUGAAGCUCAGGAGAUAAUCAGUGGUUCUGGUUCUAGAAUGGCGAAUAGCGCCACUUCUGCUGGCCAUGUGUCUGUGGACGACAACCUUACCACAUACCAGAUGAUCGUUGGGGCUCAGAGAAGAACCUGCUCAGAAAUUGAUAUGAGGGAGAUGAAGUAUGACCCAAGUGACACAAGAAUAGUUUCCCUGACAUAUAGCAACCUCAUGCGGCAGGGUCAUGCUCGGUUGCGGCAGCAGCCUGAUGACUUAGCCAGAAGAAGGACCCCUUUCCUAUCCCAGUCAGUUCCCCUAAUGCUGGAUCCAUUAACUGAACGGUUAUAUGGAGGCGCACUCAGUGUGGCCGGUAAUCCAGAUCUAGCGGUUCUGCCCGGGAAGUUUACUGGAGCUGCCAAAGAGAUCCGGAAAAUGGUUCCUUCGUCUGCGAAAGUGUACCUGAACAGUCUUAGCGACACAGAGUUGCGGCAGAAGAUUGUGCUGGGAGGAGCUGGAUAUCCGAGCACAAGAACAAUAAAGAGUACCACGAAAGAGGAGAUGUUGGAGGCCUACCCCGAGGCCAUUCUAAAAAGCGCAUGCACUCGGCAGCAGACCCUGACAGGAAUUGCAGACCUUGUUGGCAAGAUCAAUACCAUUUUCACCGCAGCUGAUGGAGACACGCAUGUAUUUUCAGUCGGUCGUGUCCUUGGUUCGAAUGGUACAGUGGCAGCACAUACUGCCAACGGUCUCCGUCGCUUCUCGGGGGCAGGUCUGGGCUUCCUGGGGCCACUUGCUACGACUGGCGGAAUUUCCUUUGUGCAUGUGGCACCAGCGCAAGGCAUUUCGGGGGAGUACAACUUGGCUCUGGAUGUGGACGGUCUCGGGGUCGUAAUCCUAUUCUUCGGAGAUGUGCUCCCUGAGGAGGACGAUCCAGAUGACAACAGGUGGAACGAGCCGGUGGGACGCGAGCAGAAGACGAGCUGGAUUAUGUACAUCCUUGCGAAUUUGCCGCAGCUUCUCGGCGCUCCCGCUGAUGUACGAGCGCAGGCGUUUUCGGUCGACAGGCAAGAGAAGAGGAACGUCUGGCUGCAGGCUGCAAUAGAGGAGGCAGAGAUCAUCUACAAGAGCUCAAGGAUUAGGGGCGAGGCAACGCUAAUGUCAGAGGCGGCACGAGCUCUGGUGCAGAAGGAGGAGGUGUGGCGGGGGCUGGAGGAGUACAUGCCGGUGACCUGCAAAGAGUUUGUGCAGAUUGCAGCAAUGGACGCACAAACAGAGCAGGUCGACGACCUGUGCAAGGCGAUGCGCAAGGCGUUCUCAUCCAAGGGGCCCCUGCAACUGAGUUUCCUGUACCUGCCAACCGGAGUCUUUGCCAAGACCUGGGAGGAGCUGUUCGGACUACUCGAAAUGCUGACCAAGAACUGGGACGGGUGGAGUCGUUUCGAGAAGCUGAAGCCUGAUUGGACAGCUGAGUCCGUGAAGGAUAUGCAGCUGGGAAUCUACGGCAUGGAAGCGGCGCUUUACUCGAAGAAGAAACGGGAGGCCGAGAGAUGCGAGGCCAUGCAGCAGCUGAAGGAUGCGUUGAGAGCACGCGGGAUUGCGGAAGAGAAUGUCGAGGUGCUGGCGAAGUCUGUGGAGGCCACGGAGCCCCCAUGGAAUGCUUGGGAGGGUAUCGAUAGGCGGAAGGCGUUUGAUGCGGCAAAGCGAGCCGUGCUUGCUGCUGGCGACCAAUUCCUCGAAGCCAAAGAGACCUUCGUGCCCCUAGAGCCAGUGCCUCCAACCUGGGACCUGGGACUGGACGGGACGUGUGUCCAAGCUGCAGAGACGGACCCCGCGUCGAGCCAGCAGCUCGUGAGGGCACGGGUCAUUUUCAAACAGGCGAUCAACCUGGUGGCGCAAGUGCUCAGAGGCGACUUCACCAUUGAGGAGCUGCAGACACUGGCACUGAAGCAGCUGCCCCGCCGGCCGUUCCUUAUCGACCUCGUCGAGCACCCAAUCAAUAGGCAAUGCGAAGCGGAGAUGUACGAGCUUGCGCGGCAGCAGAACACGGCUCGCUGCCAAAUCGGACCAAUCGUCGACCUCUUUGAGACUUACAACAUCGGCGGACCGUUCCCCAACCUCGACGGCAGAAAAUUACAUGUGCUCAGGGUAGAGUGUGUCGUCCCCGACGUCUCAAAAAAGAAGAUUGCCGAACUUGCCGUAGCUGAACUCGUGACCAAAUUAGAGGACUGUGGUGCAUUUGGCCGAGUCGCUUUGACAGACGACUUGUAGUGAACACAUCGCUUGGGUCAAGAUUUCAGCUGGUAGUUCUUCUUGAUAUCACAAGUAGCUCAUGAUCGGCUUUCAAGAAGUCUGACGUGCUUCGAGACUGACCUUGAUCAUGGGCAGCAAGUUGCAAAACUGACUGUUCUUCCUUGGGCCAGAAUUGAGCAGGGAUGAGAAACCCGUCGUUUGUAUGAAGGUUGUCAGCUGUGUUUUGUCAUCGUGUUCUCUUACUCGUUUUACUCGUUGACAGUGAAGUAAAGUGCAGCUGCCUGCCCUCGCCUCGGAUUCUGUCCCACUGAAAAUUCGGUUUUAAUGAUCUGGGGUGUGCAUACAUAAGCCCGCAGGCCGGCCAUUCAGAUUCAG